AUGUCAUACCAGGACUAUGGCGGAGCAGUUACCCGAUCUGGGAAGACUUCAUCAGCAAGGCCGCCAAGCUGCAGUCACAACUCAGGUGGCACCCGUGACAUAGGCUCCGCCCUCACCAGGAUGUGCAUGCGGCACCGGGGCAUCGAAGGAAAGCUGCGGCAGUUCUCCAUGGUGUUUUUGGACUGCCUGAUAAAUCCUCUACAGGACCAAAUUGAGGAAUGGAAGAAGGGGGCAAACGCGCUGGACAAAGACCACGCCAAAGAGUACAAGAAAGCCCGGCAGGAAAUCAAGAAGAAGUCGUCCGACACCCUGAAGCUACAGAAGAAGGCCAAGAAAGGGAGGGGUGACAUACAGCCCCAGCUCAAUUGCGCCAUGCAAGAUGUCAAUGAUAAAUACCUGCUGCUGGAGGAGACUGAGAAGCAGGCAGUGAGGAAGGCACUGAUCGAGGAGCGUGGCCGCUUCUGCACCUUCGUGUCCAUGCUGCGGCCUGUCGUGGAUGAGGAGAUCGGCAUGCUGAGUGAAAUCACACACCUGCAGGCCAUCGCUGACGACCUGAAAGCCCUCACCAUGGACCCCCACAAGCUACCCCCAGCUAGUGAGCAGGUCAUUCUUGAUCUCAAAGGCUCAGACUACAACUGGAGUUACCAAACGCCUCCCUCUUCUCCCAGCACCACUAUGUCCAGAAAGUCCAGCAUGUGCAGCAGUCUGAACAGCGUAAACAGCAGCGACUCGCGCUCCAGCGGCUCUCACUCUCACUCACCCUCCUCGCACUAUCGCUACCGCAGUUCCACCCUGCCCCAGCAGGCCCCCGGCCGCCUCUCCAGCAUCUCCUCCCAUGACUCGGGCUUCAUGUCCCAGGAUGCCUUUCAGUCCAAGUCACCCUCGCCCAUGCCCCCCGAGAGCACCCUGCAGACUUCCUCCAGCUCUCCUUCCUCGGACGCCUCUGAGACCUGCCAGUCGGUCAGCGAGUGCAGCUCCCCCACCUCCAUCAGCUCGGGCUCCACCAUGGGCGGGGCCCUGGCCUCAGCCGAAAAGUUGUCAAAUGGGUAUGAUCACCACUCACUCAGUGAAGCCCCCUACCUGGCCGGAGUGGGGUUGGGGGGCACCUUCCCAUACUUCCCAGCCCACUCUUCCUCAGUCCCCCACGCUCAGGCCGCCUCCACCCGCUCGUGGUCCCGGCCCAGCUCCGCCCUGCUCCCGGACUACCCCCACUAUUGCACCAUGGCCUCGGGCAUGAUCCCCUCCUCCAAAAUCCCCGCCUGGAAGGACUGGGCCAAACCGGGCCCUUACGACCAGCCCAUGGUAAACACCCUGAGGAGGAACAAGGAGAAGCGGGAUGUCGGCGAGCCCGGUGCCACGGGGGGCCCAGCCCACUCGGAGGACCCCCAGAAGGCCAGGAGUGUGGCUGCGCCCACCACACCCAAGGCAGAGGAGACCGAGGCCCACGAGGAGCUGGCCCUGGCCCUGUCCCGCGGCCUCCAGCUGGACCCCCAGCGCUCCAGCCGGGACUCCCUGCAGGGCUCCAGUGGCUACAGCACCCAGAGCACCACGCCCUGCUGCUCCGAGGACACCAUCCCCUCCCAGGUGUCUGACUACGAUUACUUCUCCGUGGGCAGCGAGCAGGAGGUGGACCAGCCGGACUUUGACAAGUCCUCCACCAUCCCACGCAACAGCGACAUCAGCCAGUCCUACCGCAAGCUGUUCCAGGCCAAGCGACCGGCCUCCACCGCUGGGCUGCCCUCCACGGGGGGCCCCGUCAUCGUCACCCCGGGUGUGGCCACCAUCCGGCGCACGCCCUCCACCAAGCCGUCGGUGAGGCGGGCGCCCAGUGCUGGGGGCCCCAUCCCCAUUAAGACACCGGUCAUUCCGGUAAAAACACCCACGGUGCCUGACCUUCCAAGUCCCGGCUUUUCCAGCCUGGGCGGGGGAUCUGAGGAAGGGGAGGAAGCAGCCAGCCCCGGGUCACCGGAACCCGGAGGGGAGAGCGACCAGCUGGGGGUCCUGCCCUCGGCCUCCUGGAGCGGCCAGGCCUCCACCAACCCCCCGGGAGCCCUGCCCCAGCCCACCACCCCCCCAGGAGAUGCAGGGACACCAGAGGAUCCAGAUGAGCAGUUGGAGGAGGCGGACUCUUUUGACGUUCAGGGAGAUGACAUGCUUCUGGCUAUCCGCCGGGGUGUCAGGCUGAAGAGGACAACAACCAAUGACCGCUCUGCGCCGCGCAUCGCGUAGGGGGCACCAGCGAGCCAGACUCCAGAAUUCCACAGUAUUCACAGGCCAUCCUGAGGCAUCGUCCAUUCCAGUGUGGUUUGGAGGAGGCAAAGUAAUUAUUACGGUCAUGAUAAUAAUAAUAAUUAUUAUAUAAAGUUCAACUUUUGAUUUUCGCUUUGAAGGUAGGGAGAGGAACAAUUUAUCCUUUUAAGAGGCUGACGUCACUUCUGUUCGUUUUCAUCAGCUGUAGAAAGCAAGUGUCUGAUCAUUCUGUCGCCUCAAUGCCUCUGUAUCCCAGUUCAAGGUUCCCACAUUUUCCACACAGGAUGUUCUUUGUGAACCUCAAUUCUUAAGGCCGGUUCGGCGCAGAGAAUGUAGCCUACGAAUGUUUUUCUUUUUAUUUGCUUUUUAUUUUUAAGUUUUAUUUCUACAUUCUCCAGAAGGCCACUUCAGAUAGACCAUGUACUCAGUAGCGGUGGCAUAAUUCUCAGAGCACAUGCCAGUUAAUGGCGAGCAGGUGCAUUGCGGGUAAUUCACCAAAUACUACCGACUCCCGUGAUACAGAUAUACGGUUAUAAACUCAGAUAUUUAAAAAAAAUAUAUAAAAAAUAUAGCCAGCUCUUGAGAAAAAUCCAAAUGUAUACGCUUUAUAAAUAUGUUAAAAUGCUUUAGAAGAGGCUGCUUUGCUUUUAUUGUUUUUCAUUUGUAGUUUUUUUCUAUUUUAAUUGAGUCUGACAUGCAUGCAGCCUGACCACUCUAACUGGUUUGCUCUUGUAAAGAAGUUGUAAAAUUCAUGAUACACACAAGCUUCUCUUCACAAAAACAUGCACUAUUGUUGUCAUUAUCUCUAAUGCUGUCCUGAACUGGAUACUCGGCAGUGGCAACAAAGCCUAGCAACACUGUAAAUACUUAACAGUCGAAAUUUUUGGGAUUAAUUUAUUCUCUUUGGUUUAAACCUUAAUCCUUACAGCUGAAUUAAUGCUUUCUCAUAUGUUCUGUUUAUGUUAUAUUAAUAUAUAUAAACCUGUUGGAGUCUUGAGGCCUUUUGCUGUGAAAUUAACACAGCACAGUUAAGUUCUGCGGCCAGCUGCUUGUUUUUUUGUUUAUCUGUGUACAGCUACGCACCUCCCUGUACGGGUCAUUUCUGACUCUUUCUCUUAAUGCCCUCUAGAGGGCAACAGAGUUCAGUGCCCAGGUGAGCAUUUAAUUAUGCAAGCCAUUAAAUGGAGCGUAUUUCACCGAAGCUGUAAAUUUUUUAUUUUUUUUAUCAUUAUUAUUAUUCUGUUAUCGGCCUCUUGUUCGGAGUUCUGUAUGACCGGAGUGUGUGUAGACCCACAAACUCUACAUACCUUGCAUGUCACACGCUGUCUGCACACAUGACCCAGUCAUGGUUACUCCCAGAAGCACACCUACAGUAUUGUAUCGUGGCAGCACAGAACGUUGUAGCUAGUUCCUGUAGUUAGCCGUUUACACACUCGUACGUAGCUUUCCCUAAUGUCCGCCGUCGUACCCGCUACCGACCAGUGGAGUCAGUUGUCAUAGAGCCACCACUAACCCCCAAUGUAGAGAGUUGUUAGACGUUUAAUCCUAGCAGAGGGAGUGUGGGCUGCCUUGCAGUCUUUCCUGCAGGGUGUGGGAUUCUUGAUUUUGUACAUGCGUUUAUUAUUAUUAUUAUUAUUAUUCUGUUUUUAUAAUUUUGCAUGCUUUCCAUUGAGUCAUAGCAUCCCGCCGUGUUUUCCCAGAACUCUGAUUUGGGGGGGUAUUUGGACAGAAAAGGGCCAGACAGUCCCAGUGGUCCUUCACAUGCACCCCAGCCACCCGGGUACGAAGCAGCGAUCCGCUACGACGGUGCCGAAAUGAACUGUUCUUUGUACCUCGAACAAGCGGAUCACGCGCGAUUAUAAAGGAUGAACUAGCAGUAAUUACCUUACCAUCAUUAAUUUAAGCAUUUCAAACACCCAUUACCUCUAGCUUUAAUGCUCAUCUUUUACCGAUUACUUUUUGUACAUUUUUUUUUUGGAUUUGCAAAUUGAAGAUCUACAAGUUUCCACACCAUUGCUACUUGUGGUGAUACUUGGAGAGUAGGAGCUCAGCCUAUCUAUUCAAUGUGAAUAUAAUAUAAAAGCUGUAUAGUCUAUAUUACAUAGGUAACUUCAAAUGCUCAGCCGCCUGUAGGUUUUCCUUCUCAGUUGCAGGCCUGAGAUGUUGUAGCGGGCAAAGGCCCCGUUUUAAGAAUGCUUUAAAAAUGUGGAAUCUGCAGCUGAUGCAAUGUGCAAAUGAUGCUAAAACCGUAUUGGUGGUUCCCCCUCAUUACCGAAGUUUUGAUAUUGUCUGUGAAUCAGCUGUUUAGAUAUUUAACAUCAGAGCAUAUCUAGAGGUUUUUUUUCUUCUUCUUAAAGUUGCCAAAUUUUCUGUAAGAAUGUGUAAAACCAAUUUAAGUACUUUAAAAGAAAAUGUGUUUUUGCAUAUUGUAAAAGCAGACUGUCAGAUGAAUACUAGAUUUUGUUCCUAAUAAUUUAGUUGCUAGUUUGUACUCAGUUGACCUCUUUCCCUGUACAGUUGUUCAAACAGGCUGUAAAUCCCCCAAUUUCCUUUUUUUGUGUAACUGCUUCAGCCCUGUAUUAAAGAUUAUGCAAAUCCA